CACACGGCCACUUACGGUAGCUGCGGAUGCUUACGAAUAAAAGUCCGUAAGCAUCCGCAAGGAUCCGUAUCAUCCGUAAGCAUCCGUAUCCAUCCGUAAUUCAAUCCGCAGGAUCCGCAGACAUACGCAGAUCCGCAGCGGAAUUUUGAAAAUCUCAAAAUUUUGCUGCGGAUGAAAUAUACGUAAGCAUCCGCAGAAUAUACGUUAUCCAUACGUAAAAUACGUAACUCAUACGUAAGAUACGUAAACUCAUCCGCAGGAUACGUUAGAUACGUAACUGAUCCGCACACUUUGUCGGGUGUGCGGAUGCCUGCGGAUACAUAGGGGUACGUAAACACUAUUACGUAGGAGUUACGUAUGUUUAACGUAUUUUUGACAUAUAUAUUGCGGAUCUUACGAUAGGACUUGCGGUAAUUGCGUAUGCUUGCGGAUGGGAUACGAAUAUUACGGAUGGGAUACGGAUGUUACGGAUUGGAUAUGUAUGUUACGGUUGAGAUACGGAUAAUAUGCGGAAUUUUUACCUAUGUCUUCUUUCAUUUCGGCGGAUGUCGCCCAUGCCAAAUGGUCUUCACUUGGGUAUGCAACCCUUGAUGCUGCCAGCAUCCUCAUCAUUGUCAGUUCUUCAACUGUAGACUUUCACAGGUCACUCAAGAUGGAGAGAGAACGCCGCCUUGUGUUGCUGGAUUGUUUGAUGGCCAUCCAACACAAUCAGAUGCAGAUGAAGAUCCUGAUGGCCAAGAUGCAAGCCAUCCUUGAAAGGAGAAAAGAGAGGAUGUGUUGGGUUCGUCACUGGAUCACAUUGCGACCACACCAGGGUACCUAUGGUAACCUGAUGCACCUGCUACGCAAUGAGGAUGUUCAGGGCUUCCGCAACUUCACCCGCAUCACACCUGCCAUGUUUGCCGAAAUGGUCACCCGCCUCACUCCUCGCUUACAGAAGUAUGAUACCUGGUACAGGAAGGCCCUUCCAGUAGGCUUGAAGGUCGCCAUCACCAUGCGCUACCUUGCCAGUGGGGACUCCUACCACAGCCUGAUGUACCUAUUCUAUGUACCCCACAACACCAUCUCACUCUUGGUGUUGGACGUGUGUCAGGCCAUCUACGCUGAGUAUGGCGAGGAGACCAUCAGCAACCCAUCUACUCCAGAGGGGUGGAAGGGCAUUGCCCAGACCUUCUCCGACCGGUGGAACUUCCACCAUUGCCUGGGAGCCUUAGAUGGCAAGCACAUCCGCAUCAAGGCACCCGCGAACUGUGGCUCCCAGUUCUACAACUAUAAGGGGUACAACUCGAUUGUACUCCUUGCCCUGGUUGAUGGCAACUACAAGUUCCGGUGGGUGGAGGUGGGAGCAGGUGGUGCGAGUUCUGAUGCCCAGAUUUGGAACACGUGCAGUCUGAAAGAGGCAAUUGACGAUGAGAACAUUGGAAUACCACCAGAUGAGCCACUGCCUCAUGACGAUCGAGACAUCCCUUAUUUCGUGAUUGCUGACGCUGCAUUUGCACUACGCACCACCCUGAUGAAGCCUUUUGGUGCCAAGCCACUGACCAUGGAGGAGAGGAUAUUUAACUAUAGACUUUCCAGAGCCAGGAGAUGUGUGGAGAAUGCCUUUGGCAUUCUUGCAAACAGAUUCCGGUGUCUUCUGAGUGCUAUGGCACAGGUGCCUUCCACAGUGGAGACCAUCGUCCUCGCCUGCCUGUGCAUCCACAACCUCCUGAGAGACCAGGCAUCCGCUGAGCAGAAUGGCAUGAUGGACAGAGAGGACGACCAGCACAACAUCAUCCCGGGUGCAUGGAGAGAGGGGGGCGUGCUGGAUGACAUGCAACAGAGGCUUGCUGGCAACUACACCACCAAGAUUGCCAAGCGCCAGCGCCUGUACCUCAAGCAUUACUACAAUGGCACCGCCGGAGCAGUUCCCUGGCAGCAGCGCAUGGCCUAAGCAGUUGGCCAAACAUAACAAACAGACAAAUCAUGCAACUCUUGAUGCUUAAAUUUGACCAAAAAAAAAUUGAACAAGGUAACGAAAGGAUGUAAAUUUAUUUAUAAAAUCUGUGUUGAGAAAAUCUUUAAAACUCCUAUUUCACAAAACAAAUGGAGGAACAUUGUUUCAAAACCAAUUGUUACUUGGGACAAAAUUUAUAUGAU